GUAAAGAGCAUCCUGGAUGGGAGCAGAGCCCCGGAGCCUCCGGACAGCCCCAGGGAGGAGGAUUUGGAGCAUCCCCCGGGCACCGCUGCCAGCUCCCCUCCAGCGCAGCCCUCCCCGGCCCGCAGGGACAGGAGCCUCGUCACCUGCCUGCUGGGGCUGUGCCAGAGCAAGAAGAGCCGGCUGGCGCUGAAGGCGCGGGAGAACCUGCUGCUGCUGGCGGGGCUGCGGCAGGAGGCGGCUGCCAGCUGCCUGGUGAGGGGCAGUGCCCUGUGCCAGCUGCUCGCGGGACACCUCUGUGACCUCUACAGCGCCGUGCCCGCUGGCACCGACCCCGCCGAUGUCCUCGCCAUGGACAGGGGCAGCUGGAGGGCGCAAGGGGAUGGUGCCGGGGACGGGGCUUUUCCCGGGAAGGAGAGCCUGGCUGAGUUCCUGAGCUGGCUGGACUUCGUGGAUGAGCUGGUGAUGGGCGCCCACCCGCUCGUGGCCGAUGCCAUCACCGAGGCCGUGGAGGAGAAGUUUUUCCAGGGAAUCCUGCAGCCGCAGCUCCUGCAGAUGUCAGAGCUGGCCGUGCUGGGCACCACGGCCGUGCUGACGGGCACGGUGCGGCA